AUGACAAGCUUUCGGUCUCUCGUGGUGGCAUCGCUUUUGUCAUGCCAGGCUUUCGCUGGAGACAAGGACUGGCUGAGUCCUGUCUAUAAAGACAUAUUCCAGAAUCCUUUGCCAUUCCCCCCUAACAAGGCACCGAAAUACCAAUAUACUAAUGCAUCAACCGGUGCCACGAUAGACUACUACGAGAUCGAGAUUAAGGCUUUUGAGCAACAGGUAUAUCCCGGCCUUAAGCCAGCGAAGCUUGUUGGGUAUGAUGGGAUUUCGCCUGGCCCGACCUUCCGCAUGGAGAGGGGCCGAGAGGCUGUAGUUCGAUUUGUUAAUCACGGCGAGAAGGAUAUCUCAGUCCAUCUCCAUGGUUCAUACAGUCGCGCACCAUUUGACGGAUGGGCUGAGGAUACUACUAAAGUUGGACAGUAUAAAGACUAUUACUACCCGAAUAAGCAAAGUGCGCGAACCUUGUGGUACCACGACCAUGCCGUUCACCACACUGCUGAGAACGCCUACUUUGGACAAGCCGGUUUCUACAUUCUCCACGAUCCUGCUGAAGAUGCCUUGAAUUUACCUGCUGGCGAUUAUGACAUUCCCUUGGCGUUGGCUUCAAAGCAGUACAACAAGGACGGAACUCUCUUUGACCCUAAGGACGAGACCGUUUCACUAUAUGGCGAUGUAAUCCACGUUAAUGGUCAGCCGUGGCCCUAUUUCAAGGUUGAGCCUCGCAAGUAUCGCUUGAGAUUCCUUGAUACCUCCAUCAGCCGUGCUUUCCAGCUCUGGUUUGAGGCAGACGGCGCUCUUGGCAAGAAGAUCCCAUUCCAGAUGAUUGCUUCCGAUGCUGGUCUCAUGACAAAACCAGUGCAGUCCGACCUCCUCCAUAUUUCUAUGGCUGAGCGAUGGGAGAUGGUUUUCGACUUCAGCGCUUAUGCCGGCAAGAACGUAACGCUCCGCAACAAUCGCGACGUGCAAGCUGAUGAGGACUACAACAGCACUAACCAGAUUAUGCGUUUCAUCGUCGGAAAGGAUGUUAAGAGCCAGCAAGGCAAUGGAAAUCUCCCCUCUUCCCUCCGUACUGUUCCUUUCCCACCAUUGAAAUCUGGCGUUGAUCGAACCUUUAAAUUCGAGCGCACCAAUGGUGAAUGGAAGGUCAAUGGUGUCAGCUUUUCUGAUGUUAAGAACCGAAUUCUCGCCAAGCCUCAGCGUGGUCAGGUUGAGGUCUGGGAUCUUGUCAACGGCGGUGGUGGCUGGUCACACCCGGUUCACAUUCAUCUCAUCGAUAUGCAAAUUAUCUCCCGAACAGGUGGUCGAUCUGUCCUUCCAUAUGAGAAGGAAGCUUUAAAGGACGUAGUUCUUCUUGGUACUUCUGAGACUGUUCGUGUUAUCGCUCGUUACGCUCCGUGGGAUGGUGUCUACAUGUUCCACUGUCACAACUUGAUCCACGAAGACCACGACAUGAUGGCUGCCUUCAAUGUCUCCAGCCUCGGUGACUGGGGUUACCCAGAGACUACUCACUUCAUUGAUCCCAUGGAACAGCAAUACCGCUCCAAGGAUGAAAAGGAUAGCGACUUCGAAGAAGAACAUAUUAAAGACCGACUUAACGAAUUCUAUCUCUUGGAUGCCUACAAGGACGUCGACAAAGUCGAAGAAGCACUCGUCUCGUACUGGGAAAACGGCGGGGCAAAGCCCACCACGUUCGCCACAAGCGUCAAACCCAGCACUAUUUCCACAGCCGCGGCUAGAAUAACGAGUGCCCCUGCAGCAGCCACCACGACGAAGAAGUCUGAAGACAAGCCGAAGACUACCACCAAGAAGAACUGA